GCAAUAGAAGCUGCCGCAGAGAUUGUCCGCAACUCAAACUACCUAGUCGCACUCGUGGGUGCCGGCCUCUCUGCAGAGAGCGGUAUCCCCACGUUCAGGGGAGCGGGCGGGCUGUGGACGCGACUAGGCGAACCGAGCUGGAACGGCUACCAGGAUCUUCUGAAAGACCCCGUUGGAUGGUGGAGAAACCAGACGGAGUUUCGGGCCGCUAUCGAUGCAGCCGAACCGAACGCCGGCCACAUCGCCCUUGUCAGCCUCGAACGGAUGGACAUUCUCAAGAUGACCAUCACUCAGAAUGUGGACAAUCUUCACGUCCGGGCCGGAUCUACACGACUGAUCGAGAUUCACGGCAAUCGUACCAAGGUGCGGUGCAUCGUCUGCGAAUCACGCUGGCUGAGGGAGGCAUUUGACUACGAAGACUUGCCACCUGCCUGUCCCGAAUGCGGAGGACUCGUUAAGGGUGACACGGUAAUGUUCGGGGAACCGAUACCGCCUCGCGUCCUUGAGGCCUGCUUCAAUGCCACAGACAAAUGCGACUGCAUGAUAGUCUGCGGCACGUCUGCCACUGUAUAUCCUGCGGCAUCAUUCCCACAGGCCGUCGCCGAGCGUGGCGGCUUCGUAAUCGAAGCAAACCCCAAUCCGACACGGCUUUCGGAGAUAGCCGACGUAGUGCUCAAAGGACCGACCGGGAUCACCCUGCCCCGCUUGGUCGACAGGCUCCGAUAG